GUUUGUAUAUUAUUUUAUCAAGACCAAUCAAUCAUACACAUUAAUGGCUAUCACCUACUCCUCCGCCGACGAGCUCGGAAACACCACUGAGGGUUUUCUGGAAAUCCGAGAAAAUACCUCCGGUGGAUGGAAAUCAGCGAGGCUCAUCAUCGUUGUACAAAUGGCGGAGCGAUUCGCUUACUUUGGUAUAGCGUCAAACCUAAUAAUGUACUUGACGGGACCGUUAGGUGAGUCAACAGCUGCAGCGGCAGCGAAUGUCAAUGCUUGGACUGGAACGGUGGCGUUUCUGCCGCUUCUCGGGGGCUUUCUCGCUGACUCGUAUCUCGGUCGUUUCCGUACUAUAAUCAUCUCAUCUUCUCUCUAUAUCUUGGUAGAUAAAAAAAUUUCCUCUCUAACGUUUCUAUAAUCAGAGUUUCGUUACAGAUUUUGAUGAUUAACGAAAACAAAACAAACAGGGACUUGGGUUGCUGUCUUUUUCAACCAUGAUUCCUUCUCAUCAGUCCAAAGAUUCGAAUCAGCUGCAAGAGACUAUCUUCUUCUUCUCUCUUUAUCUUGUAGCAAUAGGACAAGGCGGUUACAACCCGUGUAUUAAGGUAUUUGGAGCGGAUCAAUUCGAUGGAAAUGAUCAUAAAGAGGCAAGAGACAAGAGUUCAUUCUUCAACUGGUUGAUGUUUGGAAACUGUAUUAGCAUAUUGACGACUCGUUUGGUCUCUACCUACAUUCAAGAGAACCUAAGCUGGUCACUAGGGUUUGGUAUUCCUAGUGUUUCCAUGUUGCUUUCUCUGUUUCUCUUCCUCCUUGGAACUACCUCUUACCGUUUUAGUACUGAGAGAGUAGGAAAGAAAAACCCUUUUGCCAGAAUCAGUCGUGUAUUCAUGGAGGCUUUAAAGAACAGAAGACAACCCGAUUUAGAUAUUGCUAACGCGAACGCCAACGAGACUCUCCUUCUCCUGGCUCACCAGAGUUCCAAACAGUUCAGAUUCCUAGACAGGGCAGCUAUUUCUUGUGAAUUGGCUGAAAUUGAAGAAGCAAAGGCGGUUCUUAGGCUUAUUCCCAUAUGGAUAACUUCUGUAGUCUACACCAUUGUACAUGCACAAUCCCCUACUUUUUUUACAAAGCAAGGAGCCACAAUGGACAGGUCAAUCUCACCAGGACUCUUAGUUCCUGCAGCUACACUUCAAAGUUUCAUAAACCUCUCAGUAGUCGUUUUCAUCCCAAUCUACGACCGCUUACUCGUCCCAUUCGCAAGGUCCUUCACUCAAAACUCAUCAGGUAUCACAACGCUACAAAGGAUUGGUACAGGGAUUUUCCUCUCCAUUCUUGCUAUGGUAUUAGCCGCAUUGGUCGAGACAAAAAGGCUCCAAGCCGCCCGGGAUGAACUCUCCAUACCGAUGAGCGUGUGGUGGCUGAUUCCACAGUAUGUUAUCUUUGGAGUCUCAGAUAUGUUCACAAUGGUGGGUUUACAAGAGUUCUUCUACGGCCAAGUCCCUAGUGAGCUUAGGAGCGUUGGUAUGGCUUUGAACCUAAGCAUAUACGGGGCGGGAAACUACCUAAGCAGCUUUAUGAUAUCAGUCAUUGAUAAAAUCACGAACCAGUAUGGUCAAAGGAGCUGGUUCGAUAAUGACUUGGACCAAGCUCAUCUAGAUUACUUCUACUGGCUACUGGCUUGUCUCGGCUUCAUUGGUUUCGCCUUCUACUUAUGGUUCGCCAAGUCAUAUGUCUACAGCAGAUCAAACACCUUUUAAAUUGUCUCUCCUCUGUUCUGCCAAUUAAAUUGGGCUGGGAUUUCACAACCAAGGAAAUAAGAAUUUCCUCAGGCGAAAGAAAUUUCGUGAGUAUAUCAAAAGCUUAUAAGAUUUCUGUUAAAGAAAUUUGAAAUUUCUAAGGAAAAAGAUAAAAUUCG